AUGAAGAAAAAUAGAUUCCAGCAACAAAAGGAGGAGCAGAAGAAACAAAAUUAUUUUGACGAAGAGGAAGAUAUUGAUUUAGAAGAUGAUGGUCUAUUUGGAAAAGAGGUGUUAACUGCAUCUAAACCCUAUGAGGAGUACUUCUAAAAGUUUAAUGAGUUGUACAACAAUCACAUAGUCAAGUUUUCAGCAUUCGAAGAGGAUUAUUAAAUCCCAUUGACUUCGCCAGAUUAUGAAAGCAUCAUUCAGAGUCAUUUCAUGGUUUAUGAAAAGAAUAUGGGAUUGUUUGAUUUCAUGAAGUCAGACAACAAAGUCUUUGAUAAGAUAAGUGCAUCCUUUGUCUUCAUCGACAAUUAAAUUAGAUAAAUAGAAGAUCAAGUAUAUCAACAACUAUUAUUCUAUAGUGUCUAUAAAUUCCUUGAUAAACUGACUAUUUAUGGAGAGUUGGCAGAUCUUCAUUUAGAAGAAGAGAGAAAAUUGACUGAUGGUGAGGCUGAAAUCAUGAUAUGUAGAAUGCUUGGUUAAUUCAAGGCAAUAUAUGACAUAAUUAAAAAACUCAUCAAUUACAUCACCCAUUUGGUCAAUCAAUUGAAUUUACUUUACAAUAAAAAGGAUCCCAUUUCUAAAAUCAUUAAAAUCUUUAACUUAAACUUUCCAUUAGAUACAAUAGGAAGAGCAUUGCAACUGCUCUACAUCUUAGACAAUGUUGUAGAAUAGAAUGAUUAUUUAUAAGAACAUUGGAAUUUUUGUAAGAGAAUGAUAAAAAUUGUGAAACCAGAUCCCACUAAAUUUAAUUCUAAUGCCUAAAAUGUUAGACAAUUAGAAAAAAUUAUGAUCAGAUUAGACAAGACUGUAUUAUCUGGAUCUUGUCUCUAAUCAGUUUUAGCACAAAAUUGGGAUUAAAAUAAAAAUGCCAAUAUUCCUGCCAUCAAAAACAAUAAAGAAUUCUACAAUGUUCUCAAUACAUACCUCAAAGAAAGAUAUGAAUUAUUUGAUAAAACCUUAGGAACUGCUAAAGAAAUGUUCGAAAGAGAUUUAUUAUUACCAACAUUUUGUGUUUAUGCUCUAGUCAGAUAAUUAUAUCAAAAUGAUGAAAAUAGAGAUCUAUGGAAGAACCUUUGGUCUCUAUAAAAGAAGGUCCCAAUGGUAGAUGGACACUCCCAAGUUCUAUGCUAUUUGAGUAAAUUCCUCAUGGAAGUCACUCCAUUAUCAAAAAAGAGUGCAACCAUGGAUCCAAAAGAUCCUAUUGCCAAUUUUAAGGGUUAUCUAUAAAGAUUAUCAGCCUCAUUUUAAAGUUCAUUAACUGCUUAAUAUGUUGCAUUCACAACUUGGAUUGUUAGAGUUGACUCAUUCUCUUGUAGUUAAGCUUCUUUUAACAAUAUUGAUAAGAUUGAUAGAGAAAGAGCACAGAAGUAUAUUGAAGAGAGAAUGAAUUAGAGAGUAAUUUUAGUGUUAUAAGGAUUGACAAUAGCUUCUCAAACAAGGAAUCUAUUAUAAGCAUUGUUAUUAGGACAUUUUGGAUUAGAAGAACAAUCUUUAGAUAUGUCAUUAUCAAAGGAUGUUGUUUUGGCUGUGGAGAUGCUAAAAGCAAUAGAGUAUUAUUUCGAAUAAAAAUAUGAUGUCUUUUAACCUGCCUUAAUCUAAAAUCAUAUAACUAAAAAUGGACAGAGAAUCAUUUAAUAAGUAUUAGAGAAGAUGAAGGCAAACAUUAAGAGUUUUGGUACUGGAGGUGCUGAAAUAUUGGGAGCAUUAUAAAUUUUGAAUUCUAUUCUCAAGAGCACACUUUCGCCUUUGAAAUUAUAGACAAUGUAUUAUUUGAUGGAUUUCAUGGUUGCAAAGGAUAUAUUCACUAAUUCAGAGAAGGAAGAUUUUAGAAAUAUUCUUUGGAAACUUGAUAAAUUAAUUUUAUUACCAUUCUAUGUAAAAAAAGUGACAGCAAGCACUUACUUUUAUUGGUGUAGAGAAUUGUUACCUUCAUUCUUUUAAUACAUCUAUUAAAAUCCAUCAUAAGCAAAAAGGUUCUAAUUUUUAUUGAAUGCUGUUUCUGAUUGUUCAAUCCAAUUAAAAGAUUGUAUGCACUUAGAAAAUCCUGAUGAAUUGUUUGAUUCAUUUAGAUAGUAUGUUGUUAAAGAGUUUUAUGCACAAUACUUAUAACCAUUGGCCAGAGACAUUGAGGAUUAUCUAAGAAUUUAAGUGCAUACAGUGUUGAUUGAAAAAAUUACAGCUUUAAACCCAUUCAAAUAAUAAGUGAAAGACUUGAAAAGAUUACUAGAUAUUGAUUAUGUAUUGAUAUUUGAUUCAAUUGUGAAUUUAAGAACUGAGAUCAAUCAAAUCCUCAAUGAAACAUUCUAUAAUAUCAAUGUUCUCAAUAUGUAUGAUCAAGAGACCUAUGAAUAAAUGAGAAGUUUAGCAAAUUCUAAAUUUGGAUUGAAUUUAAUUAAUGUUUAUUUACCAACUUAAACAGUUGAUUAAGGAAACUUCGAUGUGCUCAAUGUUCUCAAGAAUAUCCAACAAUUCUUUACUAAAUACACAUACAAUUUAUAUUAGCAAUAAUUUGUUUAGGUAACAUCAGAGAGUAAAUAAGUCUAUUCAAUUAGUAUUCAAUAAAUUGCAGAUUCAAUUAGAACUCAUGGUAUUGGUAUCCUGAGUACAACAGUUAAUAGUGUGUAUAAAUUCUUACAAAAAAAAAUUUAAAUGUUUUCACAAUUUUUAUUUGAUGAUCUAAUUCAAUCUCCGUUGGUCAGAGAAGACAGAUUUUUUAGGGAAAAGAAGGAUGAAUUGGAUGGUCAAUAUCCUUAUGAUAGAGCAGAGGCAUUAUACAAAGAGAUCAAGAAAAUGGGUACAUUUGAUGAUGGAACAAAUUACCUUGACAAAUUCAGAACUUUAAUAACACAAAUAGGAAAUUCAUUAGCAUUUGUUAGAUUAUUGAGAUCAGCAGCUUUACAUGUUAAUUCAAAAUGUUUAGAAUACGUUCCAAGUUAAUACAAUCCUACUCAAUUAGAAUCUUUGACAAGAGAAGCUGGAUUUAGUGAUGCCACAGUAAGUACUGCAAAGGAAUUGGAAGAGAUAUUUACAUAAUAUAAGAGUAGUUUUUCUGAGAAGAUUGAUUAUAUAAACCUGUUAUUGAAGGCAUUUUCAAGUAUUAAUACACCAGAAAAUGAACAUUUGUCUCUGUUUUAUUUGAUUGUUCCUACAUUGACUUUGAAUUUCAUUGAAAAAAUGUUAAUUUCAAAAGAUCAAAUUGGUAAGAAGAACUCAACUACUGAAGUCUUUAUUAGUGACGAUGGAUUCAUUUUGGGCAUUCAAUUCUUCUUAACGUUAUUAGAUUAAAAAGGAUAAUUUGAAUCUCUUCAUUGGAGAAAAGAAAUCAAAAAUAAAUUCAAUAUUGAUCUGAAAUCAGCCAAAACAUUAGCCACCACAAAGCCAAAUUAAUCAUAAAGAGCAACAGACGAAAUCAAUAUGUAAAAAGAAUUAUCAUUACGUAAAUUAAAUAUGCAAUAUGAUGAAUUCCAGAUGUUCUUCUAUGCUUUCAAUUCAUGUAAAAUCCUGUUUCUUGGAGAAUGA